ACAAACACAGUUUCUCGGCGGUUUCUCAUUGAUUAUUUUUCAAAAUUGAAAAUAUGUGCACGGAAAUUUACCGGAACUGGUUUCUCAGUGCUAAUUGGCGGUUUCCUGGUGCUAAUUGGCGGUUUCCUGACCGAGAAAUGCGGAAACCAGUCAUUUAAAUGAAUAUGAAACGAGAUUGGGAACCCUGCUUAGUAAACGCCCUUCUAAAAUUUUACACAUCAAACAAUGAUUGGGAACGACAGCCUCUGCCAUGAACUCACUGCCAAGCUUCGGCUAUGGAGCCAUCUCUCCUUUGCCCACGGCCAGCCCUGCCGUCGUCGCCUCGUCGAGCCUCAGCCGUCUCUGCCUUGCUGCGGCCGCGCCGCCGCGGCCACCGCGCCAGUUACGGGCAACCCUCGCCCCGCUCACGCGUCCUCUUGAUCGGUUGGUUGCCUGCCUUGGAACACUUGGAUCUGUUUCUUCAUUGUUAACCAUUGUUAUAUGGGCCUAAUAGUUACUGAUUGGAGCCGAGCUACCAAGCCCACCUAGAUAGCCCGAUCCUCUAUCAUGAGCUGUAAAUGACAGUAGCUGGUUUACGGCCCAUGACUAGUCGAACGUACUUACGUACUACCUGCCUGCGGCCCCGACGCAUCGCGCUCUAGGGUUUUGACGCGCCGGCGGCUUGUGUUCCCUUUAAAGCUUGGCUGCUCGUCUGCUCCUGCUGCUGUCUUUCUUCUGCUCUUCCAUCGCGCCAGUGUUUUGAGAAGCUGGUCGGCGCUCCUAGAUCCCUUCGCCUCUCUCGCGUUCGAGGCUAGGUAGCCGCCACCAUGAGCCGCUCGGGGCAGCCUCCGGAUCUCAAGAAGUACAUGGACAAGAAGCUUCAGAUUAAGCUGAAUGCAAACCGUGUUGUUAUUGGCACACUUCGGGGAUUCGACCAGUUCAUGAAUCUGGUGAUCGACAACACUGUGGAGGUCAAUGGAAAUGACAAGACAGAUAUUGGAAUGGUGGUUAUCAGGGGAAACAGUGUUGUCAUGAUCGAGGCACUGGAGCCAGUUGCCAAGUCGCAGUGAAUCCUUAUUUUUCAGCUGAUAUAGUCGCAGCAUGAAAACUGAUGUAAAUGCUAUGAGUGAACCCUGUUGUACUUCGGACUCGUGCUUUUGCACAGCAACAUAACUCGGCUACCAGCACCCCUGUUUCAAUGGUGACUUCAUUACUGCCUUGGCGCUAACAUUGGCAAUGCAUCAUUUCGUCUAUUGUUCUA